AUGGUGGAGGCAGACAGUAGCGCUGAACCUCUAUGCCAAAAUCCACAAGAUUCUUCCAUCCCAGUUGGAGAUAUGUCCCCCGCAAAUCCGACUGAAAAUGACCACAUGACCUCCAAACCCGAAACCUCCAGUUCCGAAGAUGAGUUUAUUGACGUGGAAGAAGUGGUCACCUCGCCUUCUGUCCCCACAGUUUCCCUGGACUCGACACAGGAGGGUCUGUCUAGCCGUGUCCUUCCGGAUGCCGAAGUCGACGAUGAUGAUGAUUCCCCACACGAGGUGGCUGCGGCCGUUCAGGGUGAAGUCAGUAUGGAGCCUUCAAAGCCAACUGACGCUCCUGGCACCUCCUACUGGGAAACACUGGUUGGAUCAGGGGAGGAAGAUGACUUUGAGUUUGACGACGAGUUCCUUCGCGCACAGGCUGACCGAAUGGAGCGCCUGGCACAACAGACUUCGACUGAUGUUAUCGCCGAGGCGCAGAGGCUCCUCUUCCUCUUUGGCCUGCCCUUCAUUGUCAGUCCGGAGGAGGCAGAAGCCCAGUGUUGUUGGCUCCAGCAACUGGGCCUGGUGGAUGUUGUAGCCAGCGACGAUUCCGACGUCUGGCUCUUCGGUGCUCGUCUUGUCCUCCGACAUCUCUUCACCGCUCCGAAAGACAGUUUUACAGCAGCCUACUCUGCAGAAGACAUUCAUAGGCGGUUAGGUCUUGAUCAAGCACAAUUCUUGCGCAUUGCGCUGUUAUGCGGUAGCGACUACAUAACCGGUGUGCCCAAAAUCGGGCCAGUAAAAGCAAUGGAAAUUCUCUCCGAGUUUGCCGGGAGGCCGAGCGAAUUGCCUCCAGAUUGCCCCGAAGAAUUAGCGGUCAAACGUACCGUCAGCUCCGUUAUAGAGCCGUUAGAAAAAUUUCGUCACAAAUACCGCAGGGGCAGUCAUGCUGGUAUGGUCUCUGUUGUUCCGCAGGGUUUCGUAAGCUGGGGCCUUUAUUGCCGUGGUUGGCGAGUGUUGCUUAAGGGUUUACCUUACUGA